AUGUAUUUAAAACAUUACAAAUCGCUUAAGUAUUUGAUUUCUUGUAAAGAAAUCGCUCCUACUACUAGCCAUGUCCAUAUUCAUAUAUAUGCUGUAUUUUCAUGUCCUGUAAAGCUUCAAGUAUCAAAACUUCAAGGUGCUCAUAUUGAAUUAUGUAAAGGCUCUAAUAAAGCUAAUAUUGAUUACAUUAAGAAGGAUGGAAACAUCCUCGAUGAAUUAGGAGAAGAGCCUCACCAAGGGCUACAUUCCACAGUUGCUGAAUUAAUAGAAGUUAAAGACCCGGCCGAUUUAAAUCCAAUUGAAUUGAAUAGGUGGAUACAAGCUAAAAAUCUAAACCAACGAAUAGAUCUUAAUACUUAUUAUAAGCCUGCUGUGAAAGUCUUUUACGUUUGGGGUCUUUCCGGUAUAGGAAAGACUAAAUGGGUAUUUGAUAAAAUCAACGAAUUAAACUUACAAAAUUGUACUGAUCGUGUUUCUUUCAUCAAUAACUUCUGGCAUGGAGUAUCAUCAGAUGGUCAAAGUACUUGUGCUUGGUAUGAUGACUUUAGAAGUACGGAUAUGAAACCAAAUGAAUUCAUCAGAUUUAUUGACUAUUAUAAGAAUAAUCUUAAUGUUAAGAAUGGCAAUGUAGUGAAUAAUUAUUUAUUCAUCUUUAUUACUUCUGUUGAAAAUCCAGAAGAGUUGUACAAGAAUAUGCAACUUGAAGAGCCAAGAAGACAAUGGCUUAGAAGGAUGGAAAUAAUCCAUCUUGAAGAUGAACCAGCUAAUUCAGCUACCGAGUCAAUAACUGAGUUGGCUUCUACGUGGCCAAGUGUCACUUUAGAAUAG